AUGACUGCCCGCCCUCGCGUCAUUUACUGGUUCCGGACCGACCUCCGAUUGCACGAUUCGCCCGCCCUCGCGGCCGCUCUCGCGCUCGAACCGGCCGUCCUCUGGCCCAUCUUCACCUGGGAUCCGCAUUAUGUCUACCGCGCCCGCGGGGGGCUGAACCGGUGGCAGUUUUUGCUGGAUUGCCAGAACGACCUGUCCGAGAGCAUCAGCAAGCUGAACCCCAAGUCAAAGCUGUUCGUGCUGCGCGAGGGCCCGCAGACUCUGUUCCCCAAGCUGUUCAAGGCGUGGGGGGUGACGCACCUGGUCUUCGAAAAGGACACGGACGCGUACGCGCGCGAGCGGGACGAGGUGGUCAUGAGGGCGGCCGAGGCGGCGGGCGUCGAGGUCAUCGUCAAGAGCGGGCGGACGCUGUGGGACAGCGACGCCGUCGUCGAGAAGCACGGCGGCAAGCCGACCAUGUCCAUGUCGCAGCUGCAGGCGGCGGGCGCCAAGGUCGGGCCCAUCGCGAAGCCGAUCCCCGCGCCGGAGCGGCUACCGGACCCCGGCGAGAUGCCGGUGGAUUUCGAGCCGACGCCGCCCGAGACGGUGCCCGACUUCAACGCGGAGCAGCGGACGCGGGGGGACGCGGCGUACCAGAGGAUCGCGGGUCCCGAGGGGGACUUUGCCAUCGAGACGAUGGAGGAGCUGGGGUUCCCGCCGGCCAGCACGCCGCACAGGGGCGGGGAGACGCGGGCGCUCGCCAUGCUCGAGGCGAUGGCGGCAGACGAAAAGUACACGGCCACGUUCGAGAAGCCCAAGACGAGCCCGGCGGCGUUCGAGCCGCAGUCGACGACGUUCCUGUCGCCGUUCCUGCACUUCGGGGCGCUGUCGGUGCGCGAGUUCUACUGGCGCGUGCAGGGCGUCGUGGCCAGGUACGGCAAGGGGGCGUCCAAGGUGCCGGAGAGCCUGACGGGGCAGCUGCUGUUCCGCGACAUGUACUUCGCGGCGCACGCCGCGCUGGGCCACCGGUUCACGCAGACGGCCAACAACCCCUACUGCCGCUUCAUCCCGUGGCACCUGCCGUCCAAGGUGGACGCGGAGACGGGCCUCGUCACGGGCGAGUACCACGUCGACUCGGAGCAGGCGGACGAGUGGUUCCGGCGGUGGAAGUACGGCAUGACGGGGUUCCCGUGGAUCGACGCGCUCAUGCGGCAGCUGCGCGAGGAGGGCUGGAUCCACCACCUCGGCCGGCACGCGGUCGCCUGCUUCCUGACGCGGGGAGGCUGCUACGUCGACUGGGAGCGCGGCUGCGAGGUGUUUGAGGAGUGGCUGCUCGACCACGAGCCGGCGUGCAACGCGGGCAACUGGCAGUGGCUCAGCUGCACGGCCUUCUUCUCGCAGUACUUCCGCUGCUACAGCCCCGUCGCGUUCGGGCAGAAGUGGGACAGGCAGGGGGCGUUCGUGCGGCGCUGGGUGCCGGAGCUCGCGAACCUGGAUGCGAAGUACAUCUACGAGCCGUGGAAGGCCCCGCUGCCGGACCAGAAGAAGGCCGGGGUCAGGGUGACGGGCCGCGGCGGGGAGCGGGAGGCCGGGGUGUACCCGAAGCCCAUGUUCGACUUCGACGAGAGGAGGACGGCGUGCCUGGCGGCGAUGAAGAAGGCGUACGGGGUCGGCCUGCAGGGCAACGACGACAAGGUCCGCGACGGCAGCUGGCGCGAGCUGUUUGCGGGCGAGGGCACCGAGAUGACGGACGAGUUCGGGAGCGGCAGGGCGGGGCCGCGGGGCGACGAGAUCACGCCGGCCAAGCGGAGCGCCGACGAGGGCAGCGCCGAGCAGCACGCGGACAAGAAGCAGAGGUCCUGA